UGUCAGCUGUUCAGCACUAUGCUCCAUAACAGCAGGAAAAAAAGAGAAAGCACUAUAGCCUGUCAACUUUGGGAACUGGGAUGCACAAGGAGGCAUGAACACGCUCUUUGGUGGAUUAAAUGCAUCUUGUUAACCUUAAAGGCUCUGUGAGAAACAGCACAGCACUCCCAAAGGAUCAGUGGCCACGCUGGAGGUUUCAUCCAGCUCGUGUUUGCUUUGGAUAAAGUAAUUUUGCUUUUUUGAAACAGGUGCAGAAACAGUGCAUGCAGGCAUGUGUUCGUCCUAUAGAUCACCUGCUUAGUUUGAGAGCUGGUGCAUUGGUGCAGCCUGCUGACUGUGAUAGAAAACAAACUUCUCCAGCCAAGAACAAGAGACAUGGGAGACAAUAAGCCUGGAGGAAUAGUAGCAGCUGCAAAGAACCGUCUGCAGGUGGUGAAGGGAUUGGAUGACGCAGAGGUCUCAGAGUGUGAGAGCUGCUCCUUUGAGGUAUCUCUUAACCUAGCCUACAUAGAGGGCGUGUGGAUGAGGGAUGGGACGCAACUCAAAUCUAAACCCAACUGUCGCAUCAGCACACACGGGAAGAAACACUCCCUCUUACUGAACAGGGUGGCUUUGGGAGAUGCCGGUUUGUUCUCCUUCCAAGCUAAUGGCAUUCAGACCUCAGGCCGACUCACUGUCAGAGCUAGGGACAUUCACAUCGUGAAGGAGCUGGAAGAUGUCGACACAGUCGAGCGUCAACCUGUAACCUUCGUGUGCGAGGUCAGCCAGAUGGAUGUGGAUGGUCGGUGGUACAGAGAUGACUGCCGGAUCCGUCCUGGGGACAGCAUCAAGAUCAGACACCAAGGUGAAACUCAUUCUCUGUCCUUCAAGUCAGUCAGACCAGAACAUGCAGGAGAGAUCAGGUUCACGGCAGAGCGGGUCUCAUCCUGUGCAACCCUCACGGUACAAGAGCUUCCAGUCCAAAUAGUGCGUCCUCUAAGAGUAAAAAUCGCCAUGUAUCGCCACAGAGGUCUGCUAGAGUGCCAGGUGUCACGGCCUAACGCUGAGGUCAGGUGGUACAAGAACAGGAAGGAGCUACUUCCCAGCAAGAAGUAUCAGCUAAUCAGCCAGGAUAUCUACAGGCAGCUUGCUAUCAAUGACGUCUGCUCGUCAGAUGAAGACACCUAUACAUGUGACGCACAGGAUGAUAAAACCUCCUGCCAGCUUCUGGUGGAGGAGCAGGCUAUCACCAUAGUGCGGGGGAUGAAAUCGGUGGAGGUGAUGGAGCCAGAGCCUGCACGAUUCCAGGUAGAGACCAACUUGAAAUCAGGGAGGCCACCAAAGUGGACGCUGAACGGUGAGGUCAUGGAGCCAUGCGCGGCAGUGGACAUUGACAGGGAGGCCACCCUCCACAGCCUGUGCUUCACCUCCACAGAAAGCUCCAUGUCAGGCCCGGUGGUCUUUGUCGCUGGCAAGAGUCGUUCCACCGCUCAGCUUACGGUUAAAGAGCGGCCUCUUCAGGUCGUCCACCACUUGGAUGACGUGGAGGCAAAAGAGAGCAGCUCUGUGACUCUGAGCUGUGAGUUCGCCCCAUCUCCCAGGGUGGUGCGCUGGUUUAAGGGCCGCACAGCUCUGAAAUCCUCUAACAAGUACAGCAUGAAGAGGGAGGGGAAACGAGCAGGGCUGACCAUCCACGGCCUGACGGGGAUGGAUGCGGGACAGUACCACUGUCUGGCUGGAGGGUCACAGAGCUCGGCACACGUUAAAGUAGAAGUGCGGACGCUGAAGUUGAUCAAACACCUUGAACCGGUGGAAAUUGAGGAGAAUGGCGUCGCCACUUUCUCGUGUGAACUCAACUACGUGGUGGCCAAUGUGGAGUGGCUCCUCAAUAAUGUCCGGCUCUAUUCCAACGCCAUCAACAAGAUCCACCACAUGGGCACCAUGCACAGCCUCACAAUCAAAAAGCUUCGGCCACAGGAGAGCAGGGUUACCUUCAAAGCGGGCCUUCUCACUGAGACAACCACCUUAAAGGUCAAAGAAUGCCCAGCAGUGUUCCUGAGGCCUCUGGAGGAUGCAGUUGGAGAGGAGCAAGGGGAGCUUUGUCUUCAGUGUGAGAUUUCCAAAGAGACGGCGAGCCCUGCUUGGAAGAAGGACGGUGUAGUUCUGACAGCUGAUGACAAACACGAGCUGCUCCAGUUUGGGAAGUCCAUGGCUUUGAUCAUCCAUUCACUGAGCAAGGACGAUGCAGGACAGUACACGUGUGAUCUCGGCACAAGUCAGACCAAAGCCAAAGUCACAGUACAUGACUUACACAUUACAAUUGUCCAGCGUUUGAAGACGACGGCUGUCCUCGAGGGAGACGCCUGCACUUUUGAGUGUCUUCUCUCCCAUGAUCUUGACGAUAAACCUUCCUGGACCAUUAACGGCCAGCUCAUGGCUACCAACAGCCGUAUUCAGCUCACCAACAGCGGCCGCAUGUAUACGAUGACAGUUAGAGAUGCGUUACUUACUGACGCUGGAGAUGUGGUCUUCACCAUUAAAGAUCUAACCUGUAGGACCAUGCUUUUUGUUCAAGAGAAGCCAGUGCACAUCUUCAGGGACUUGUUGAACGUCAAGGCCGUGCCUGGUGAGGAUGCAGAGCUGAGCUGUGAAAUCACCAAACCAGAAGUCACCAUCCGUUGGCUGAAAAACGGGCGUCUGAUCAAGGAGAGCCCCAAGUAUGAGAUGAGCGUGGAGAAACAUCUGGCACGGUUGGUGAUCAAAAGCACCACUAUCCGAGACUCUGGAGAGUACUGCUGUGAGGCCGAAGGCGUGGCCUCCCGUGCCAAGCUUGAGAUCAGAGAGUUACAGCACACAUUUGCCAGGGAGCUGAAAGACACUCGAGCAGAAGAAAGAGGAAAGGUGACACUCGAGUGCGAGACGAGGCAGCCAGCCAAGCGUGUGACCUGGCUGAAGGGCUUGAUUGAGCUGCGGCCUGGAAGGAAGUAUGUCAUCAGGCAGAAGGGCGUGGUGCUGUCGCUCGCCAUCACCUCACUGGAGAAAUCGGACACAGAUAUUUAUAUAUGUGACGUUGGCACCAUGCAAAGCCGGGCACAGCUGACUGUGCAAGGUCAGAAGGUGGUGAUUCUGGAUGAACUGGAAGACGUUGAGUGUCUGGAGGGGGACACGGUCACGUUCAGGUGUCGUAUCUCUCCCAGUGACUACGCUGGGGCCAAGUGGUAUUUGGAUGAGACUUUGCUUUAUACCAACGAGCUCAAUGAGAUCCAGGUGCUUUCAGGAGGCUUCCACACCCUGACGUUUAAACAGCUGGCCCGUAAAGACACCGGCACCAUUUCCUUCGCAGCAGGGGACAAAAGAUCGUACGCCUCGCUGUUGGUUCGAGAAAGGCGUCCCACCAUUUGUAAGUCACUUGAGGACUGCGAGGCCAUCGAAGGAGGUGGUUUGAUUUUGUCCUGUGUGACCUCCAAGCCGUGUCACAUCCUGUGGUACAAAGAUGGCUGUCUCAUGUGGAACUCCUCAAGAUACUUUACCAGUCGCUUGGGGUGCGAAGCUCGGCUGACCAUUCGAGAAGUUUGCAAAACAGAUGCAGGAGUGUACGAGUGCAGUGCUGGCUCUGUUACAACCAGGGCCGCGGUCGCUGUCAAAGCCAUCCCAGCAGAGUUCAUCCACCAUUUGAAGCAUGUGGAGGCCAAAGAAGGAGAAGCUGUCACCCUGACCUGUGAGUACUCUCUGCCUGGGGUCCACGUCCACUGGAAGAAAGGUUUUGAGAGCAUCAGGCCAGGAGACAAGUACGUGAUGAAACAGAGGAAGACGAUAAACUCUCUGACCAUCAAAGCCCUGAAACCCGAGGACGCUGGACAGUACUCAUGCCAGUGCAGAGACCACCACACUACAGCAAGUCUCAAAGUACACGCUGUUCCUAUCACAUUCAUACAACAACUCAAGAAUAUGCAAGCAGAGGAGGGCAGCAGCGUCAUACUGCGCUGUGAAAUUUCCAAACCUGGGAUCCCGGUAGAGUGGAGGAAAGAGGAUGAGGUGCUGAAGAACAGUGUGAAGUACCAGAUAAGGAAACGGGAGACCACACGGGAGCUCCUCAUAUGGAAACCUGUGCCCGAGGACGGUGGGGUCUACAGCUGUGUGUGUGCUGAUCAGAUGACAUCUGCCACUGUCAGGAUUACUGCUCUCCCAGUCACCUUCAAGCAGAAGCUGAGGAACGUGUUGAUAGAGGAGGGCAACACUGCCACGUUACGCUGUGAGCUCUCCAAACCCGGUCAGUCGGUGGAGUGGAGGAAAGGCGGGGAUGAACCGAUUAGAAAUGGAGAGAAAUGUCACGUACGACAGAGAGACAUGCUCGUCGAGCUGAGGAUCUUUGAUGCGACCCCCGAGGACAGCAGCAUCUACACGUGCAUCUGUGGAAACGUGGAGACCACCGCCACUCUGACUGUUAAUGCUCUUCCCAUCGUCUUCAAACAAAAGCUAAAAAAUGUACAAGUCGAGGAAGGACACAACAUCACGCUGUGUUGUGAGAUCUCUAAACCUGGUGUCCCAGUGGAAUGGAGGCUCGGAGGAGAUCUGCUUGAGCACGGAGACAAGCACCAGAUAAAACAGAGGGGCUCGGUCCUGGAGCUGAGCAUCAGAGAUGCCGUACCAGAGGACAGCGGUGUCUACACAUGUGUGUGCCGAGAGCAGAGGACAAAGUCUACGGUUAAAGUUAUUGCGAUCCCUGCGACAUUUAAGGUGAGCCUGAAGAGUCAGGUGGCCGAAGAAGGGAGCAGCGUGACGUUGCAGUGUGAGCUGUCAAAGAAGGCAGUCCCGAUUCAGUGGCAGAAGCAGGGGCAGCUGCUCUCUGAGGAGGGAUCUCGGGGAAAGUAUCGCACAGAGCUCGAAGGAAAGACGGCUAAACUGACCGUUUUAAACAUCCAACCGGAAGACGCAGGAAAAUACAGCUGCAUCACAGGAGAUGAGAAAACCACCGCUGAAGUCAAAGUGAAACCACUUCCUGUAACAUUUAAACGGGAGAUCCGGAGCCUGGUGGUGAAGGAAGGGGACAGCGGCGUUUUCUGCUGUGAGCUCUCCAAACCUGGAGCUGCAGUCAGCUGGAGGAAAGGCAGAGUCGUUCUGAAACCUGGAGAGAAAUACGAGAUGAAACAGGACGGGCGCGUCACUAAACUGGUCAUCAACCACGUGGAGGACAGCGAUGCCGGCAAAUACACCUGCAAGACUAAAGACAGCCAAUCGACUGCUGAGCUCACAGUCGUAGAGUUACCGCCUAGUUUCAAGAUACUGCUAGCCAAUCAGGAGGUGACGGAGGGCAGCGGUGUGGUUCUGCGCUGUGAGCUCACCAAACCUGCGUCCGCGGUGGAGUGGAGGAGAGGAGGAGAGCUGCUGAAGAAUGGAGACAAGUACCAGAUGAGGAAAAAGGACCUGCAGGUGGAGAUGAAGGUCGAAGACCUCUGUGUGGAGGACAGUGGAGAUUAUACUUGUAUAUGUGGAGAACAGAGGACAACAGCUGAGAUCAGAGUGAAUGAGCGGCCCAUCAAAUUUCUUCAAGACUUGAAGAAUAUUCAGGUGCAGGAGGGCGGUGUUGUUACACUGUGCUGUGAGCUGUCCCAGCCUGGGGUCCCCGUGCAGUGGACAAAGGGAGACACUGUCCUUUCAAACGGAGACAAAUACCAGAUCAAGCAGAGCGGCUGCAUCCACGAGCUCCACAUCAGGAAAAGCCUCCCCGAGGACAGCGGCACCUACAGCUGCACUUGUGAUGAGAUAAAAUCCACGGCAACAACAAUUGUUACUGCAAUACCAGUGACCUUUAAGCAGAAACUGAAGAACCAGGAAGCUGUGGAGGAGGGCUGCGUGACCUUACGCUGUGAGCUUUCCAAAGCUGGAGUCCCCGUGGAGUGGAGGAAAGACGCUCAACUGGUGAAAGAGGGAGAAAAAAUACAAACAAAGCAAGAAGGCCGAGUGGCGGAGAUGUUAAUCAGAAACGUAACUCUGGCAGACUCUGGCGAGUACAGCUGUUCUGUUGGGACUGUUGUGACAUCAGCUGACAUCAAAGUAAGAGCACUUCCUGUUACAUUUACAAAGGAGGUUGAGAAUUUGGAGGUGAGGGAGGGGGACGGUGGCGUUUUCUGCUGUGAGCUCUCCAAACCCGGAGCUCCGGUGGACUGGAGGAAAGGCAGAGUGAUUCUGAAGCCUGGAUACAAAUACGAGAUGAAACAGGAGGGACGCGUCACCAAGCUGAUCAUCAACAACGUGGAAGAGAGCGAUGCCGGCAAAUACACCUGCAAGACUACAGACAGCCAAUCCACUGCUGAGCUCACAGUUAGAGCGCCGCCGGUCACAUUCAAGACUAAGCUAAGGAACCAGCAGGUGGAGGAGGAGAACAGCCUGACCCUGAGCUGCGAGCUGUCCAAGCCCGGCCUUGCUGUGGAGUGGCGGAAAGGAGAAGAGCUGCUGAGGAAUAAUUUCAAGCACCAGAUGAAAAAUCGAAACAGCGUCAUGGAGCUGACGAUCAAAAACGCACAACUGGAGGACAGCGGCCUCUACAGCUGUUUCUAUGGAGAUGUCAAGACUACAGCCAAUGUCACAAUCACACCUAUCCCGCUCACGUUCAAAAUGGGUCUGAAGAACCAGGAGGCCCCUGAAGGAGGCAACGUGUCCCUGCGCUGUGAACUAUCCAGGGCCGGGGUGCCCGUGCAGUGGUGGAAGGGGGAGGACCAGCUUUAUCAUGGAGGAAGGUAUCAGAUGACGCUGAAGGGGAAGGUAGCUGAGAUGACCAUCAGAAACAUCCAGCCAGAGGAUGUUGGCGAGUACAGCUGCGCCUUCGGGGAGCAGAAGACGACAGCUGAAGUCAACGUGAGAGCAGCAGCAUCGGUGUUCUUUGAAAAGGAACUCGAGAGCCAAACUGUGGUGGAGGGGAAGUCUGUGCUGUUCUCCUGUGAAGUCUCCAGUCCUAAUGUGCCCGUAACGUGGAAGAAGGGCAACACCGUGGUGGAAGAAGGAGAACGCUGUAUCGUGACAAAGAAAGGCCCCAGUCACACUCUGCAGAUCAAGAAAUUGCAUCUGGAGGAUGCUGGGGAGUUCAGCUGCAUCACCAGGGGCAAAAAGACCACUGCCAAGUUGAUUGUCAGGGAGCGCGUUCGGAUCGUUACAGAGCUUCAAGACAAAACGGUGACAGCGGGAGAGGACGCGGUGUUUGUGUGCGAGCUGAGCCACGCAGACGUGAGCGAGGGCGUCUGGUGGCUUGGGAACAGCCCUCUGCAGAAGAACGAGAUGAACCAGAUGACGUGUCGCGGCCGACAGCACCGACUGGUCCUCACCAUGACAACGCCUGAGGAGACGGGCACGGUUGCUUUUGUGGUCGGGGAGGAGAGGACCUCUGCACGCCUGCUGGUUGUUCCUAAGCCUAAAGUUUUAUUGGAGGAGAAGCCCAAAGACACAGUGGUCAUGGAGGGCGAGACGGCUACUUUGAGUUGCACCACCUCUGACCUCACCACCUUGGUUACCUGGAAACGCAACCACGUUCCACUUCGAAAUGGUGAUAAAUACGAGAUGCGCAAGGACGGAAAAGUCAACCUGCUGCUCAUCCGUGACGUCGACCCCCUGGAUACUGGUGUAUACUCUUGUGAUACAGGAGAUAUGCAGAGCACUGCCAAACUCGCCGUCACUGAGCUUCCUCCGUUCUUCCAGGAGGAGCUUCAGAGUGUGGAAGCUGAAGAAGGAGCUUCAGCCACCCUGUACUGCGAGCUCUCCAAACUUGGAGUUCCAGUUCAGUGGAAGAAAAACAGCUUGCCCCUGAGAGCGAGCAGGAAGUAUGAGAUGCGACAGGACGGUUGCUUCCUCCAGCUUCACAUCAAGGAGCUCAAACUUGAAGACAGUGGCAGCUACUCGUGCCAAGCAGGGGGUGCAGAGACCAGUGCGACUGUGUCUGUGAAAGAACUUCCUCCAUUCUUCAAGAAAGAAUUAAGAAGUGUGGAGGCUGACGAGGGAGGUACAGCCUCCUUGUACUGCGAGUUGUCCAGACCUGGAGUGUCAGUGCUGUGGAAGAAGAACAGACUGCCUCUGAGAGCCAGCAGGAAGUAUGAGAUCAGGCAAGAGGGCUGCAGCUUACAGCUUCACAUCAAGGAGCUCAAGCCUGAAGACAGUGGCAGCUACAUAUGCCAAGCAGGAAGUGCAGAAACCAGCGCAAAUGUGUCAGUGGAAGAGCUUGCACCAUUUUUCCAAAAAGAGCUGCAGAAUAUGAAGGCAGAGGAGGGAAGUACAGCAUCGCUGUGCUGUGAGCUGUCCAAGCCUGGGAUAUCAGUGCAGUGGAGGAAGAACAAGCUGCCUCUGAGAGCCAGCAGGAAGUACGAGAUGAAGCAGGACGGCUGCCUCCUCCAGCUUCAUGUAAAAGAGCUCAAACCCGAGGACAGCGGCUGCUACUCGUGUCAAGCAGGGACGGCUGAAACUACUGCAAAAGUGUCCGUGACAGAGCGCCCACCUGUUUUCAAACAAGAUUUGAAAGAUGUGGCUGCCGAGGAAGGAGGCACCGCCUUGCUGCACUGUGAAGUGUCUAAACCUGGAUUAUCAGUGCAGUGGCAGAAGAACAAGCUGCCUCUGAGAGCCAGCAGGAAGUAUGAGAUGAAGCAGGACGGCUGCCUGCUCCAGCUCCACAUCAAAGAGCUCAAACCCGAGGACAGCGGCUGCUACUCGUGUCGAGCAGGAGCUGCAGAGACAGCUGCAGCUCUGACAGUGAAAGAGCUGCCUCCUUUCUUCAAGAGAGAAUUACAAAAUGUAGAAGCCGAGGAGGAAAGCACAGCCUUGCUGCACUGUGAAGUGUCUAAACCUGGGGUGUCAGUGCAGUGGAAGAAAAACAACACACCAUUAAGAGCCAACAGGAAGUAUGAGAUGAAGCAGGACGGCUGCCUGCUCCAGCUCCACAUCAAAGAUCUUAAACCUGAGGACGGCGGCAGCUACACCUGUAAAGCUGGAGGUGCAGAAACCAGUGGGACUGUGACAGUAAAGGAGCUCCCUCCAUUCUUCAAGCGAGGUUUACAUAGCAUGGAAGUUGAAGAAGGACGCGUGGCUUCCCUUUCCUGUGAACUGUCUCAACCUGGAGUUAUGGUGCAGUGGAAGAAGAACGGGCUACUGGUGAGACCGAAUGCAAAGUAUGAAAUGAAGCAGGAGGGCUGCUUCAUGCAGCUGCUGAUUAAGGAACUCAAAGUGGAGGACAGCGGCAGCUACACGUGCCAAGCAGGCAAAGCAGAGACCAGCGCAACUGUAACAGUGAAAGAGCUCACUCCAUUCUUCAACAAAGAAUUAGAAAGCAUAGAGGCUGAAGCAGGAGGUACAGCUUCCCUGUAUUGUGAGCUGUCUAAGCCCAGCGUAUCAAUACAGUGGAGAAAGAACAAGCUCCCACUGAGGGCCAGCAGGAAGUACGAGAUGAAGCAAGACGGCUGCUUCCUGCAGCUGAUCAUCAAUGAGCUCAAACCUGAAGACAGUGGUAACUACUCUUGUCAGGCAGGAAGCAUAGAGACCACUGCAAUGGUGCAAGUAAAAGGACAACAACCGACUCCAGCAGAGGCACAACCUCCAACAAUCAUGCCGCAGGCAAAAGAAACAACUCCUGCUCAGGAGCCGCAGAGACCAGUGGUCCCAGAGGGUAAACCAGCUCCUCCUGAGCCGAAAAAGAGGGCAAGAAAAGCAUCAAUUGCAAAUUCAGAAAAAGACACGGAGCUUGUUUUUGACCUCAGACCGUCUGCGCUGAAGCAUGAUGAUAAAGUCCAAAAGGACACUCAGCCUGCAAGAGCUGUAGAAAAAGGCACGGAUGGUGCACAGAACGCAGCACAUGGACAGAUUAAUAAAGUGAAGGACAGGGAGGUGAACAAGAAAGCUGAUAAACCUGUGAGACUACAGGAGACUACAGACUAUAGGGUUGACGGGGAGGUCGAGGAGCCAGCUAGGCAUUUGGAAAAAGAAACUGAUGCUUUACCGGAGAUGAAACAAACAAGACGACAUACUGAAGAAUUAGCUAAAGCUGACCACGAAGAAGUUCAAUCAGACAGGGCUUUGGAUAAAACAUGUUUUGCACAAAGGAAACAAAAAGAAAAGAAACGUGGAACUGAAAACAGCUCCGAACAACUAGAAAUACAUUUGGCAAAAACAAGUGGAGUUGAGGAGAAGCAGAAACAUCCAGCUGCAGAAGUAGGAACGAUAAGCCAGGAUGACAAGUCUCCUGUGAAACCACUGCAAGGGUUGAUUAGCAAAGAAUCAAUGAAAGAUCAAAAUAUGACAUCUUUAGAAAAUGAAGGUGAACUAGACAAGACAGAAGGAGAGCCUUUGAAACCACCAACAAGAUCUAAAGGAAAACUGACAGAUGGAAAGCCACCAAUCAAGUAUUUACUGAAGGAUGGUGAGGAGAUCUUUCCUACAAUAUUAAAGAUGACACAGAUCGAUUCUGAAGAAGACAGCAAACAGAGAGGUCGUCUGAAUAAACAAGUGUCCAAAGAGUCAGAGAGAGGAACAAAGCCAGAAAAAGAGCCGACUGAACAACCAGAACGGCCGGUAGAAAAGGAAGAUGCGUUUACUCAUCCAAAGCCUCCUGUGAGGACAAAAAGCAAAGUAAAAGGUGCAGAAAAACAAGUAUCACGGGACACGGAGACGGAUCGAGAGGAACAAGAGCCAACAACAGCAGUGGUAAAAGUUCAAGACCAACCUAUGAAACAGCUUCUAAAGCCGUUAAAACAGGCCGAAGAGAAACCAGCAUGUGAGAGGAACCAGUCAGCAACUGAGGAAACAGAGCAGCCUGCCAACCCUCCAUUAAAACAGCCAGUUCAACCCAUGAGAAAAGAACCGGAAAUGGACCAGGACGUGAGACUGGCAGUGAAGCCAACGAGGAGGGAGGAAGAACAACAAACACAGGUGGCAGAAGACAUUCCCCUCCUUUAUAUUUCUGAAGAUGAAACUUUCUCAGAGGCUCUGACUGAGAUACCAGCUGCCCACAGGGAUGUCCAGCCCCACGAACCCUUUGUUGAGAUUGCACUCCAGACGACAGAACCAUUGAAGGAGUCUCCGCCGGAGAUCGAUAUCAGCACCGAGGAUGAACCACAAAUGCAAGAGGCUGCGGUCAAGAUCCAGGCUGCCUUCAAAGGCUUCAAGACGCGUAAAGACAUGCGACCUGUUUUUAAAGAGGUUUUUAAGAACCAGACAGCAGAUCUUCACGGUACGCUCACACUAAUGUGUGUUGUCGAGGGAAAGCCCAGCGCAGUACGGUGGCUCAGAAACGGCCAACAAAUUUGCAACGACCAGAGAUGCAGGAUUACGACCACAGAUGAUGGAGAAUGCACACUUGUGAUCAAGAACCUGUUAAACAGCGACAGAGGAAUUUAUACCUGUGAGGCGGUCAAUAAGUUUGGUGUGACCUCCUACAAUGGAAACAUAACAGUGGUGCAAACCCCCCAGCCUGCUCCUGUGGCACAGAAGCCCGUACACCCACCUCUUGCAGCCAUUACUCCUUUGCAGCUCGCCCCAACAAAGCCCGCAGCCCCGCCCAAAGACCAGAAUGAGAAUCUGCCACAGAGUCAAGCGCAGGUGCCCACGUCAGCAGAGGACUAUGCAGAAAGCAUGAACGUGUCGCUGUGGGAGGCCUACACGCUGACAGAGCAUGCGCCUCAGCAGACCCCCCAAGAGAGGAGACGGUCCUCUGUCAUGGCUGCCAGCUCCAUGUCGAGUCCCUCCGAUUAUGACACAGCUCCCGAUAUGAUGGAACCUGUUGAGAUGUCCACAAUCACACCGAGGGAAGAACCAAAACCAACAGAACAAGCAGCUCCGAAGGAUGAUAACGAAGAGACAACCCAACCUCCGAAGACGCUAUUAAAGAUCAAAGGGGCCCAUGACAGUAAAAUGAGGACACCAUCUCCAAAACAUCGUGCCCACACGCCCUUGGACAGCACCGUCUCUGGAUCUGAGUCGGAGGGGGAAGAGGACAGACGAGAGACGUCUGAAAUAUAUGUGGCUCGAGCUCACUGUAGCCCUAACAGUGGCAGUAAGGAGAGUUUUAUUCUGAAGGAGGGCCAGUUUGUAGAGGUGCUGGACUCUGUUCAUCCUGACAGAUGGCUGGUGAGGACCAAACCCACCAAAACCAACCCUGCUCAGCAGGGAUGGCUGUGUCCAGCAUACCUGGAGAAGAAGAGAAAGGAGACCUUCCCUCAGCUGAGAGCACGUCAAGAGGAUCUUGAUGGAAUUGGAUGUACAGGAGAAGAGUACAGGAGAGGCCUGAGUCAGUUGAUCCAAGGCCUGAUUGACGGAGAGGAGGAGUUUGUGAGAGAGAUGAAGAUGUUUAUAUCUCAGCAGCUAAAUUUUCUGGACUCCAGCUACCGCAUCCCCGUUAACGUCCUCAACCAGAAAGAGCUCAUUUUCAGGAACAUCAAAGACAUCGUGUUGUUACACGAGAGGUGUGUCCUUCCUGGGUUGAGGGAGUGUGCCACGGAUGAUGACGUGGCCAUGCAUCUGAUCAAACACAGAGAAGACUUUGAGAAGUAUCUGCACUACAUGGUGGGUCAAGCUCAGGCAGAGGCCUGCAUCGCUGACAAGGCCAUCCAACAGUUUUUCAAGGAGUUACCAGAAGCUGGUAAGCUGGACGGUGCUGUUAUGGAUGUCCUUACCUUCCUCCAGCAACCAGUGGAAAGAAUUCAAACUUACCAAGCGUUACUAAAGGAGUUAAUCAAGAAUAAAGCUAAGAGUGGCCAGAGCUGCUAUCUGCUGGAGGAUGCUUUCUCUUUGGUGUCCUGCCUUCCCUGGAGGUCAGACAACCUGCACAAGGUGUCUCUGAUUGAGAACUACCCGGCUCCUCUUAUUGCCCUGGGCGAGCCCGUGCGUCAGGGAUCCUUCACAGUGUUGGAGGAGACUCCAGAAAUUAAGACCACCUCUAGAGGGCAUCAGAGACAAGUCUUUCUCUUCAGGGAAUGCAUUGUACUGUGUAAACUGAAAAAAGACACCAGCAUGAACCGAGACACCUACACCUUCAAGAACAAAAUGAAGCUGAAUGAUGUGGAAAUAAAGGAGACUGUGGGUGGAGACGAAAGGUCUUGGGGCUUGUGGCACGAACACAGAGGCUCCAUAAGGAGGUACACGCUGCAGGGCAGCUCCACGCUGCUCAAACUGUCCUGGCUUAAAGACCUGAAGGAGCUACAGCAACGUUCCAGCCUGCCUACUAACAGUCCCCCAGUGUUUGACUCACUGCUGUCUGACUGCACAUCGAAGAUGGGACAAACAAUCAAGCUGACCUGCAAAGUGUCAGGAUCUCCAAAACCAGAGAUCAGCUGGCUCAAAGAUGGCCUUCCUUUGGAGGACGACCCACGUCACAUCAUCACCGCAGACCGGUCGGGCUCCUGCAGUCUCAUCCUGGACAGCCUCACUGCGGAGGACUCCGGAGAGUAUGCGUGCUACGCUACCAGCUUCAUGGGCAGAGCUGGCACUCUGGCUAAGGUGGUGGUGCAGGCUCCACCCAGAUUCGUGAGUCGACUGGAAAGUGCUUGUCUCAUUGAAGGAGAGGACAUCCAGUUCUCCUGCUCCACAUUCACCACUCCGUUACCGAGAAUUAGGUGGUUGAAGGAUGGCAAAGAGUUGACUGACCAGCAGAAAUACUUGAUUAUGAAUGAUGCACGGAGCGGGAUCCUGUCUCUGACCGUCGUCAGGGCAACUGAAGCAGAUAUUGGGCAGUACGAGUGUGAGCUUUGGAAUGAACUUGGUGGCGUCAAGUGCAAGGCAGGUUUAUGCCCCGCCUAUGUCCCCCCGACUGACCGCGAGAAUGACCAAUCACAGGACUUACCUCCUAAAGAUCCCGACUCAGAGGGCUGGUCUGCUGCAUUUGUGAAGAAAUGGUUACAGGCUGAUUUCAACCCAACUUCUAUUGCAAGGAUGCUUUUUCCCCCCGAAAGUCCUGAACACGCUGAGGGUGGUGCUGAAGUGAGUCUUUACGCCCCCACGUCAGCCGAUCCAGCAGCACAGCAGCCCAUGUGUUACCUCGAGGAAGAAGAGGAGAUCUACAUCUCAGAGCAAAUACAAGAAAUUGCAGAUGCUCCUCCCUCUAUCCAGAUACCCAUCGAGGACCUGUUUGUAGAGCCGGGUCACCCAUCGACAUUUACAGCCAUCAUCACAGGAAGACCAGCACCUAAGAUAAAGUGGUACAAGGAUGAAGAGGAGCUUGCAGCCAAUGAGAAUGUGAGGAUGGGACAACAUGGUGCCCGCUGCUCAUUAACCAUAGUGUGCACCGAGGGUGAGGACAGUGGGAUGUACGCCUGCUUCGCUCACAACAACUCUGGUUAUGCAUCGUGUCAGGCUGAGCUGACAGUAGAAGAAGGACUCCUGGAGUUCCAGGAGAGAGAGGUGGAGCUGGGAAAAAGAAGGAAGCUGUUCUCUGUCUAUGACGUCCACGAUGAAAUCGGAAGGGGAACGUUCGGAGUAGUGAAGCGCGUCGUCCACAGAAGGACCGCUGAAGUCUUUGCUGCCAAGUUUCUGCCUCUGCGGAGCAGCACUCGGACCAGGGCCUUCCAGGAGAGGGACCUGCUGUCCCGCCUCGCUCACCCCCGAGUGGCUUGUCUGCUGGACUUCUUUUGCACCAGACGCACCUUGGUGCUGAUCACAGAAAUCUGCUGUUCUCACGGGCUUCUGGAUCAUUUAUUACUGAAAGGAUCGGUCUCAGAAAAAGAGAUUCAGUCAUUCAUACAGCAAAUUCUGGAGGGAGUUGGUCACAUUCAUAGCAUGAACAUCCUGCAUCUGGACAUUAAACCUGAAAACAUCCUCAUGGUGUAUCCCCCAAGAGACGAGAUCAAAAUCUGUGACUUUGGCUUCUGCCAGGAAAUAGACACAUCCAGGCACCAGUACAGCAUGUUUGGGACGCCAGAAUUUGUUGCCCCAGAAAUUGUUCACCAAGAACCAGUAACUGUGGCCACUGAUAUUUGGGCCGUGGGGGUUGUCGCGUUUCUCUGUCUGGUGUGUCGGUGCCCUUUUGUGGGCGAGACUGACCGCGCCACACUGCUGAGGGUGGGGGAGGGCACUCUGAACUGGGCCGCCCCUGAUGUCAUGUACAGGAGCCCGGAAGCCAAGAACUUUCUCCACACGCUCCUUCAGCCUGACCCAGAGAAGCGACCGUCUGCCUUUGAGUGCUUGGGCCAUGACUGGAUCCAGGAUGAACAUGCAGGAGAAGACACGGAUGAAAUCAAUACAAGGAGUCUGAAAGCCUUCAUUUCAAAAAGGAAGUGGCAGCGUUCUCUGACAUGCAUUGGGUCGGUGCUCACGCUGAGGCCCAUUCCUGAGCUACUAGAUGCUCCUCUCAGGGAGACGGCAGUGACGGUGCCCCGAGAGCCCCAAGAACACAGCAGUACCUCCCCGAGCAGUGGCUCUUCGUCCGAGUAUGACGAGGCUGACUCCUGGGACUUUUUCCAGCACUGCAGCCAGACUGAAGAGGAAGAGGAAACAGAGGAAGACUAUGAUCCUUUAAUGGAGAGAGCACAGAUCCCAGAUCCUUUUCCCAGCUUCCACCGGGAUGGAGAAGAGGAAGGGGAUUUGACACUAGGUGAGGAAGAGGAUGGGGAGAUAGUAGGAAGGAGGACUGUAUUAGAGCGGAGUAUGAGCAGGCAAUCGGUCGCAUCGUCGGAAGUAUCGUGUCAAAGGACACCUCAGAGGGAACGUCGGUCCAGCAAGGACAGCAGUCCAUCGCUCUACCUGUCGGAUGGGGACGAGGGUUCAGGGAGUGACGGAGGUCGUAUUCCUCGGGGAAGCGUCAUCCGAAGCACUUUUUAUAGCAACUCUCAUCAGCUUUCGCCGUUGUCUGCCAGACACAUGACAUUAAGGGACAAAUUUCAAGCUAAGAAGCAGGAGAGGGGCCGCAAGCCGCUCAGGAGGAGCUUCUCAGGACGCCUCAACGAGCCUCUUAUUGAAUAUGUGGAGGAUGAGAUGGAGACCAGCCGUGGCCAGAGACGGGCAUCCGUUCAGACCGCAAUACAGAAGUCCUGCUCGUUUGACAGCGGGGUGGGUUUCGCCCAUGCUAACGCACCACCUCACAGAAGGAGCAGGUCUCUAGAUGAGUAUUCACGUCGGUCUCCCACGUCACCCAAACGUGCGAAUGCUGGUGAAGAAGAAGGGUCGCAAAGUCUAAAGGAAGAUUUCACAGACGAUGAAGUGGCCGGGACAAACUUGCUGACAAUCCCAAAUUCUCAGCGAGCCAAAAGAAGAGGCUCUGUCACUCCUGUGCAGGUGAGGCAGGCUUUUAGAGGAGCCUCUGUUCCUUCGAGCUUGGACCAAGCACAGACGGAGGGAGAUGACUUUGCUGGCUCCCAGGGGUCUCUGGCUGAGUCUUUUAUUUUGGAGCAUGGUGGCUCUGAGUCUUCAAGUAGACUCGGCUCCAGUGAAGAACUGAGUCACGGUCGUCUCAGAGGGAGAUACAGAUCAGGAGACGGCGAUGGAUAUGAUGAUCAGGGUGAGCGCCUCGUUGCACCAUCGCCUCGCUCUUUCCAAGAAGUAAAACCCCGAAGCUCGUUUCCCCGGGCACCACCACGUAAUCGCACACGCUCCAAUCCUAACCUGUCCACAAACAGCAGAGGUCAGCUGGGGACGCCGCUAAUGCCAAGCCCCAGUCCCAGCCUCUCUUCUCUGCAGGCUCCAGAGAGGCCUCCCAGAGCCCGGGACAAGAAAGAGGGUCACGGGCUCCAGAGGCACGCAUCUGCUCCAGCCCUCGAAGCUCGACCACCUACAGGAAGGUCACCAAAACUGGGACUGCUUAACAUCUUCCGCAGGCAAUCCUGGACUGGCCAUUCCUACUCCCAUCUGGAGGACACGGAGUUAGGACCAACUCUGGGCGAGAUCAUGAAGCCUGAUACUCCCACCAUGUCUCUAAGGAAGAGAAUGAGAGCGUCAGCCUCAAGUCUGACCAAACUCUUUUCCAGAUCCUCCAGUAAAGAGGAUGUGAGUAAAGGAGGUCCAAUAGUGAAAGGAUCAGCUCCCGCUCCACCUGAAAGGAGGCGCAGCAGCAGCCUCGAGAGUCCCAAAAGGAGGAGCUCAAAGCUCUUACCAUCCUUCAAAAUACCUGCGUUUAAAAAGAAAGACCUGCCCGUUCGCCCCAGCAAGGCUGAGGUGCUACAGUUGGAUGGAGGCGGAGUCCUCCUGGCGUGGAGGCCGGUUCGCUCAAGCGAUCCCGUCACUUACUGCGUGCAGUACUGUACGGACGGGGCGGAGUGGACAGUCCUGUCAGAGGACGUGGCAGACAGCUGCUACGUGGUAGAGGACUUACCGAGAGGAGCUUCUUACGUGUUCAGGGUGGGUCGUGUCACAAAGACGGGAGCAGGACCGCUCAGUGACGCCUCAGCUCCCGUUGUUAUGGCGACUGAUCCUGAAGAGAUCCACAUUCCUCUCAUUCAGGCUGAGUCACUGGGGUCAAAGGUCAUUGGAUCAGAACAAGCAGCACACAAGAACUACAACUUCCUGUCUGAGAUCAACAGGGGUCGUUUCAGCGUGGUAACCCUGUGCAGGAACGCCGAGACCAGCCAGGUGUUUGCGGCCAAGAUCACCCCUUACCAAGCAGAGCAGAGGCAGCUGGUGUUGAGGGAGUACCAGCUGCUGAGGAGGCUUCACCACCCCCACCUGGUUCAGCUGCACUGUGCUUUCAUCACCUCCGGCUACCUCGUGUUAGUAGAAGAGCUUUGUCCCGGCAAGGAGCUCCUCUACAGCCUGGCUGCGAGAGAUCUGUACACAGAGACUCAAGUGGCCGAGCUGCUCGUUCAGAUCCUGAGUGCGGUCGACUAUCUCCACGGCCGCCGAGUCGUCCACCUGGACCUGAAGUCGGACAACAUGCUGGUGGACGACUGUAACCACCUGAAGGUCGUUGACUUUGGCUCGGCUCAGUCCUUCACGCCCGGACAGCCUUUAAACAUCGAGCACAUCCAGGGCUUUUCUGACAGCAGAGUGUAUAUUAUCCUUCCUAAAGCUCCGGAAAUCCUCGAAGGUCAGGGUGUUGGGCCAGAGACCGACAUCUGGGCUGUUGGAGUUUUGUCGUUCAUCAUGCUGAGUGCUGACAGCCCGUUUCAUGCGGAGCACAGCUGGGAUCACGACAGAAACAUCAGGAAAGGGAAGAUCCAGUUUGGACGCUGCUACCCGGGUCUGUCUGAGGGAGCCCUGAACUUCAUGAAGAGCAGCCUGAACAACAAAUCCUGGGGGAGACCCACUGCAGCCGAGAGUCUCCAGAAUCCGUGGCUCCGUGCCCAUCGCGCCCCACACAAAGCCCGUCACUCCAAAGUGUGCUUCUCCACCGACAAACUUAAAGCUUACCUCAAGCAGAAAGAGGAGAAACGAGAUCAGGUGCGCACCAAGCUUCAGGGUCCCUCCUUCUGCCAGUGACGCCACGGUGCCAAAGUUACCAUCGUCUUUCUCAACGAAGAAGAAAACCUGCAGCAGUUUGUGCUUCAAGUGUUGCUCUGUGUCUGCCAACCUGGAGCCCGGUUUGAAAAACGUUUGAUUUUUAAAAGUUGAUGCGUCUUAAUGAGUUGCUUCUGUGUUCGAUUGUGUUUGAUAGUCUGGGGAUUUAUUUUGUGCGUGUCAGGGAUAACGUGUGAUCACAUAAGGUGUGCACGGUGUUGCUGCAUGAGCUGGAAAGUUGAUCAAAAUGUUGUUUUGCUCCUCUGGCAGACGGACGGACAUGCUUGGCUUUGCAGUUCUGCCUCCGUAAAACUUAUUUAACGCAGUAUUUUAUGUGAAGCUUUACAGGAGUUAGUCGAUUAAAUCAUUAUUAAACAACUCAAAGUGCU